GCGCGGGACGCGCCCUAACCCACCGCCGCCAUGGAUGCCAUCAAGAAAAAGAUGCAGAUGCUGAAACUGGACAAGGAGAAUGCCUUGGACAGAGCCGAGCAAGCCGAAGCGGACAAGAAGGCAGCGGAGGAGAGGAGCAAGCAGUUAGAGGAUGACAUUGUGCAAUUGGAAAAGCAAUUGCGUGUGACGGAGGAUUCGAGGGACCAAGUGCUGGAAGAGCUGCACAAGUCUGAGGACAGCCUCCUCUCCGCAGAGGAGAAUGCUGCCAAGAUAAGGCCCAGGGCAGCGUGGCUCCUACAGUCCAACCCAGUUCUCUCCAAAUACAUCUCGGGUCUGAAUUACAGGACGUGGUGAAAUCGCAGCGCUUCCAAAGCCACGACCGUCCUUUUCCUAUAGCACAGCUUUCAGAAUCGGCCUCAAAGCUAAGGAGUUGUCACAGAGCAAAGUGGAGGAAGGAUACUUUUAGAAAGGGAAAUGUUACUAAAGCCAACUUGGCAUCAAAGACAA